CGCGCGCUCCGUGCGGCGCCCCGCGCUGUCCCAGAGGAGGCGGCAGCGCCCGCGCCGGGCGGGAGAAGCGAAGACGGCCUCUUGCGAGGAAGAGGAGGCGGAGGCGGCUGUGCGCUCUCUGGCCUGCGGGCGGGAGCCUUGGAGGGAACCCGGCUGAGCUCCGCAGAACCGGCCGGACCGGGCCCAGAGCUCCCCGGUGCCCGGAGCCGGGCCCGCCAUGCCCGUGAUGCCAGCUUGGCCAGAGCCCCGCCGUCGCGGGAACGCAGCAACUUGAUAAGAGGGUAGGGCUCUGGAUUCGACAGCACCUUAGCUGUCAGGUCCUGCCUGAAGGAGCAAAGUGGGAAAGAGCGCACCUGGGAGUCCACCUUUCGGUCUUGGCCUGGGCUCGGAAGCAAGGGGAACCUCAGAUCAGCGGGUCCUUCCGGUGGACACCACCCCGGGGGAGCACUCAUCACUUCUACAGUGAAAGCUGCCUGAGGAUGAGGUGUGCAUUCUACAUCCUACCCACCUUUGUGCCUGCCAACUGCCGAUGAGUGAGAGGGCCGUGCAGAACUGGAGCACGGGUAGCUGGCUGCUGGCACUUUGUCUGGCCUGGCUCUGGACUCACCUGGCCUCGGCUGCCUUGCAGUCCCCAGCUCCCACAGCCCUCAUGAAGCAGGGCACCUGCGAGGUGAUUGCUGCGCAUCGCUGCUGUAACCAGAACCGCAUCGAGGAACGCUCCCAGACCAAGUGCUCCUGCUUGUCCGGCCAGGUGGCCGGCACCACGCGGGCCAAGCCCUCCUGCGUAGAUGCCUUCAUUGUCCUGCAGAAGUGGUGGUGUCAGAUGGAGCCCUGCUUGCCUGCGGAGGAGUGUAAGGUGCUCCCGGAUCUGUCAGGAUGGAGCUGCAGCAGUGGACACAAAGUCAAAACCACCAAGGUCACACGAUAGCUCUUGUUCUGGACAGGGCAGGCUCAACUGAGCUGUGGACUGAAGAAUGGCAUCUAGUCAUUAGCCAGCAAAUAUGAGGAUUUAUCUACCUGGACACACGCCUCAUACCAAAUGCAGCAUCACUCUCUCCAGGGGUGUUUCAGUUAGGCUGCUCAGCAAAUAUGGAUGGUUCUCCGACUAUAUGCACUUCUGGGGGACACAGAAGAAGGUCAAGACACAGUUCGUGCCCUUAAGGAAUGUCCAGUCAAGUUAGGGAGUUGGUGAAGGAGACUGAAGUGUAUGAUACCUAGGCUGUGGCUGCUGAGGAGGCUUUGGGCAUGGUAGAGGUUUGGAGAUGAGACCCCACAGCUCUUCAGCUACCCUCUGGCCACAAAAUACAAAGACAAGAGGUCACAUUCACCACCCACCAUCCUCCCUCACCUCAGUCCUGAAUCCCCAGCAAGCUGCUGACCUGUUGAAGAAAAACACUCCCUUUAUGCCAAACCAGCUGUAUCUCAUUUGGAUGGGAUUGGAUUGAUGUGGGGAAGGAAAGCAAAGAUGAAAUCAAACAACUUUCCAGCAAAGCUUCUGCAGAGACAUAGCCUGGUUUGGGCUGUUCAUUGGGUAUGGGUUGGACAGGACCUUAAAAUUGCCCCUAUCCAAGCAUCUUGGGUUUUUGUUUGUUUGCUUGUUUUGACAGAUGAGGAAAUCAAGUCCCAGAGAGGUGAGGCAACUUGCUCAAGAGAUCACCUGGGCUCCCAGAUCUCUAAAGCUGUUGAUCUUCCACUUAGCCUGGAUGUUGGGAUUUCUAUCUGGGCCUUCCAUGUUGUUUUUUUUUUCUAUCGUACAAGAACCUUCAAUGUAUUGGCUGGACAGCAGAACCAGUUUUCUUAAGAGAUGUUAGAACAAGAAAUUUUACCAAGGUCACUGUUCUCUUUUCUAAAAUAAGCCAGAUACCCCCUACCAUGAUGCGGGACCCGUUGGUCUCCACUCUGCUCUUGGCCCAGAAAACUCUACACAGACCCUAUGGCAGCUCAGAGGCCACUCAGCCCAGAGACAGCUGGGGCAGCACCAGACAACAUCCCCAGGCCCACUCUGACCCACCUCUUUCAGGGUCCUUAGGCUAUAACUUUCUCCAGGUUCAGAAGAAAGUAGGUGGGGUCUUGGGCUGGUCAGAGUCCUCUUUCCUUCCAAGGCUUCUGCUGGGCAGGUGGGGUGGCAGGCUGGAAUUUCUAUCCUGGAUUGGGAGUUGGCCUUGUUGGGUUGACACCCUAGAUGGCUGGGGGAUGAUGACACAGGCUCCAGGGAUGCAGGCAUGGGCUAUUUGGGUAUCUCAUCAGUAAGAGAACUGCAGCCUCAGUGACUGCUGGGAUCAGCUGGGAUUGCCGGGAAUGCAGGGGGAGGAGAGGGGUGUCAGUAGAGACCUACCUGGACAUGCUGAAUUGUGACCCUCAGAGAAGGCACUGCAGACGAUGGGCCCACGCUGUCUCCGCUUCUCUCUCCCUGCCCACCUCCUCAUCAGUAGAACCCAGACCAAUUGGUAUUCCCCCUUCCUCACUCCACUCCAGAGUUUUAUCUUUUUAUUUUUUUGUUUUUGGUCAUGGGGUAAACAAGGAUGACAGCCUCUCAUGACAAUGUAAAUACCAGACUCUGAUGCAUUAUAUGCACUUUAAUCUCUGUGCAUAUAGUGAAGUCACAGGGUGGGGUAGUGAAAGAAUUGGUCAAAAAUUCAUCCUCACCUCCUUCAGGCUGGCAGAUAGACGGCAAACUUUCCCUGGAGAGGGCCAGAUAGUAAAUAUAUUAGGCUUUGCAGACCGCAUACAAUCUCUGUUUCAUACUCUGCUUUGUUGUUUCAUUUUGUUUUUGAAACUCUUUAAAAAUGUAAAAAAACAUGCUCAGCUCAAGAGCCAUGUAUUUGCAAGCCACAGUCCCUAUUGGGAAGUCUGCCAACCCCAAUGAACCUUUGAAGGAGGGCCCUUUGUGCAGCUUGGGACUGCCUCCCAGCCUCCUGGCCUGCCUUUGGUGCAGUGGGAACCUGAGCAUGAGGGCUGGGUUGGGUUUUGUUUUUCUUCUAAUGUUCCUUGAGAGAUUGGUGAGUGAAUUAUUUAGGCUACAAAUGAGUCAGCCUUAGCGGAGUCAGACAAUGGGAUCCUGCUCUCUGGGAGACCAGAAUGCAGGCUUCUCCACUCCCUCCCCACCCCUCAACACUGAGUCCAGGAGAGGGGGCACCAGUCCCUGUUGCAUCUGCAAGCAGCUGGGCCAUGAGCUGGGGAAUGAGCCUGAGACAGGGUGAUGUCAUACAAACCGUCCCCCUCUGAACUGCCAACAACUGCCAGCCCCUGCCUCAGCCAAAGCCCAGACCCACUGACCUUUCCUGACCUCCCUCAUUCCUGUGUACAGAGAAGACUUCUUUCCUUUCGGAAUAUGCUGGAAUUUGCUAAUUUGAUUUUUUUUUUUUUUUAACCUCUCAAACCCUCCAUUUAUUGGUGGGCUUUGAGGGGUGUCCUUUAUAUCCAGGAGAGUCCUACACAAGAGAUCUGUUGGAGAAGGAAAAAUGUUCCACUUUCCAACAGAAGCUCCCUAGGGUCCUAUUUUCCUGCUUAGCCAAUAUUUGUGUGCAUUUUGUAGUACUUCAAUAACAGUUUAGGAAUGUCAAUUAAUUUUCCUGGCACACAGGGGUUCUGGAGUCAUUUGUCUUCCUCGUCUCCCCUCAGUGAGAUGGGAUCUGACAUUCUCUGAAGUUAGCUGGUGCUCCCAAACCCCCUCAGCUAUGAAGGCCUUAGGAAGUUCGCCAACUACAGGGGAUCAUGCAGCUAAUUCCUGUUGGCCUCUGGCAGUUUAAUUAAGGUCUGUGAGUGACAUUCUAGUUAAUGGCUCCAGACAGUUGCUUAGAGUUGAGGCCUAAAGCUUCCUGAAAUCAAAAGCUUCCAGCUAGAAAACAGAGAUCAGUUAGUCCAACUCUCUUACUUGACAGAUGAGGAAAGGGAGGCUCAGAGAGGUUACAUGACUUGACCAAAAUCAAAAGGCAAAGUGGUGGCAUGAUCCAGACAAGUACUCUCUAUGGCUACACAUGAUCUCUGUACCCCAAUUCAGGCAAGGAGCAUGAAAAGAAGCCAGAAUUUUAGCAAGCACAAAUGUGAUGGAGUCUCAUUCUAAAAUCACCCAACCCUGUGAGUCCAGGGAGAUGGAAUGAAAAUGAAUAGGGAGCAUUUAGAGAUGUAUAUGCAGAAAAAGGGAAGCAACAAAAAGAGGGAUUGAGAUCACUCAUUCAGAAGAACAUCAAAACACCAAAGCACAUCACAAAAUAAGUAGAACAAAACUGAUGCCAUUUUCAUAACAGUUGGUUUUUGUUCUUUCUGGAGGAGACAAGGUGGGGCCCUGGUUAACCUCUGGAAGAUCUGUGAAGCCAACCUUGAUGGCUUCUGGGUUCUUUAGACCCUAGUGCACGGGUCUGCAAACUAAAGCCCAUGGGCCAACUCUGGUCCACCACUUGUUUUUGUAAAUAAAGUUUUAUUGGAACACAGCCACACUUAUUUGUCUACUUGCAUGCUACAGCUGCAGAGUUGAGUUUUUUGCAACAGAGCCCAUGUGACCUGUAAAGCCUGAAGUGUUUACUAUCUGACCCUUUACAGAAAAAUUUUCCAACUCCUGCCCUAGUGCUUUUAUCAUACCUUUUUCAAUACAUGUAUACAAUCUGGAAAAAGAUGAUUCUACCUUGUAUUCCUGGGUUGGGGAUUGUGUAUGUAUGUAUGUAUGUAUGUAUGUAUGUAUGUAUGUAUGUAUGUGUGUGUGUGUGAGAUAUAUAUCAAACAAAGAAAUGAAGUCA